AGGCUCCUCCCGGAAUUCCCUGGGGAAGGAGGAUCUGGGACGAGUAUUAAAAAUACUCCUUUUCUGUUCCAGCGUGUUUUUCCAAGCUGAACAUUUUAAUACAGCGUCGCGGAGGUAGGCUGGCACUUUCUCACUGGUGUAUAUAAACUUAGUGGUACAUUAUGGAGCUCUGCCGGAUGCAAAUGGACCGUCGCUCCGACCAAGAAGCCGGACACCAGCCGUUUUUCCCCUCCAGCAGCUAACGUCUACUUUCAUCUUCCAGCUUCAAAACCAUUUCCCGUUUUUUUUCUCUCACUUUAGACAGUUCCGUGAAAUCAGAGGGUGGCGGAUUUUUCUCCUAAUUAGACAUAGUACCCGUCUAUCUGUUUGCCUCAUAUGCUCGAAGGAAUGUCUGUAAUUUAAUAGUUUCGGUGUAAAGUUGCAACAAGGUUUUAAUCGAAAAUGAAGUCGCCCCUGGCACCCGGGAUACAAGUAGUUACGUCCCUUUCUCGGGACAGCUGGUAUCGUGGCUUUAUUCUGUUCCUCACAUUCCUCUUUUACACAGCUUACCAUCUGUCACGGAAACCCAUCAGUAUUGUUAAGAGUGAGCUGCAUAAGAACUGUUCCACCGUCAUUCGGCCAGUAGACCUCAACAUCACCGAUAAUGACACCUGGUGUGACUGGGUGCCCUUUGACCAGGACAACUAUCAGACCCUCUUUGGAGUCCUGGAUAAUUCCUUCCUGGUUGCCUAUGCCAUUGGAAUGUUUUUCAGUGGCAUAUUUGGUGAGCGCCUUCCUCUGCGGUACUACCUGAGUGUUGGGAUGCUAUUGAGUGGAGUGUUUACUUGUCUGUUUGGACUUGGCUACUACUGGGAAAUCCACUCUUUAUGGUACUACGCCUUCAUUCAGGUCAUGAACGGACUCAUGCAAACUACCGGCUGGCCAGCUGUGGUUGCUUGUGUUGGGAACUGGUUCGGAAAGGGGAAGCGUGGCUUCAUCAUGGGUGUGUGGAACUCUCAUACUUCAGUGGGGAACAUCUUGGGCUCCCUCAUCGCUGGUGUCUUUGUCUCCUCGGCGUGGGGAAUGUCCUUCAUCGUCCCUGGAAUCAUCAUCGCCUCCACUGGGAUCCUGUGCUUCUUCUUCCUGGUUGAAAAACCUGAAGAUGUAAACUGCACUCCUCCUCAGUAUCAUAAUGUUCAGGAGAUCAAUGAAACAGAGCCUCUACUGCCCAACGGGAACCAAAGCAUCAACAGGUCCAUCUCCACAGAGAUUCCAGAGAUUGUAGAGGACCAUUCCAAGGCCAUAAGCUUCUGUGGUGCUCUCCGUAUUCCUGGAGUCGUGGAGUUCUCUCUCUGUCUGAUGUUUGCCAAACUGGUCAGCUACACGUUUUUGUACUGGCUUCCUCUUUACAUCUCAAACGUUGCACAUUUUAAGGCAAAAGAAGCAGGAGAUAUGUCGACUCUAUUUGAUGUUGGAGGAAUUGUGGGAGGCAUCAUGGCGGGUCUUGUAUCUGACUUCACUGGAGGACGUGCGUCAACCUGCUACGUGAUGCUAAUUGCUGCUGCUCCCAUGCUAUUUCUUUAUAAUUACAUUGGACAAAAGAGUCUUGGCAUUACAAUUGGUAUGCUGUUGGUGUGUGGCGCCCUGGUGAACGGACCCUACGCUCUGAUAACAACAGCUGUGUCUGCUGACCUGGGAACACACGAGAGUCUGAGAGGAAACUCCAGGGCUUUAUCAACAGUGAGUGCCAUCAUCGAUGGGACUGGAUCAAUCGGCGCAGCGUUGGGUCCUCUGCUGGCUGGUUUGAUUUCUCCAACGGGUUGGAACAACGUCUUCUACAUGCUCAUUGCUGCAGACGUCCUCGCCUGCCUGCUUUUGUCCAGACUCGUCUACAAGGAAAUUAAAGGCUGGUGUGGACCCCGACUCAGAGGGUUUAAAGAAGUCUGAACAUCUCUUUGAAUCUAAAUCUAACUGGAAACCAAACACUCAGGAGGGAAACAUCGCUGAAUCAGACCUCAUCUCACUGUACAGGGAAAAACAUCUUUGUCCAUAAAACAGAAAUUACUCCUUUUUUAAAUAACUAAUCAAUAAAUGGUUUUUAUCAUUAAAGUGUAUAUAUUGUGAAUUAUCUUUAUUCUUUUUAUCCUGAUUCCUCAUAAGUAACGUUUUUAACAACCUGGGAAGAUUUUUCUGUGGAAAGGCUCAGAUAUGCUGUAAAAUAAUGCUUUUGCUGCUUGUUGUGAAGAAUAAAAUAUUUCAGAAGACCAA